CGUAUCUUGGCUCGUAUCACUGUGAAUGUGUUGGUGCCGCUUAUCAUUCUCCGAAACAUCAUUGUUAAUUGCGUCAAUUAAAUUAUUUUCCCCUGAUAAGUGAUAAUGGCGAAUUUCAAACCGGUGACUCAUGUUAUCUUUGAUAUGGACGGACUCUUGCUGGACACUGAGAAAAUUUACUUGAAAACAUUCUCUGAAGUACUGGGGAAGUAUGGCAAAGAAUAUCUUGAUGAAGUUCGAGUCAAAGUUAUGGGCACCCAACCAAAAGACACUUUCAGAAUCAUCAAAGAAAACACUGGUGUGGACGUCUCUCCAGAACAGCUUGGUGAAGAAAUUCAUGGACUCCUCAGAGAAAGGAUGCAUUUAGCACAAUUUAUGCCAGGUGCUGAACGUCUGAUUCGUCACCUUAAGAACAACAAUAUCCCCAUAGCAGUCGCAACAAGUAGCGGAAAAGACACUUUUGAAAUCAAAACAUCCAAUCACAGACAAAUAUUUGAUCUUUUUCAUCACAUUGUAGUUGGUAGCAGUGAUCCAGAGGUGAAACAAGGAAAACCAGCGCCAGAUAUAUUUCUCAUUUGUGCUUCAAGAUUUGAUGAAAAACCCAGUCCAGAUCAGUGUCUAGUUUUUGAGGAUGCCCCUAAUGGAGUUCAAGCUGCGUCAAGUGCUGGUAUGCAAGUUAUAAUGGUCCCAGAUGCAAUUGUGCCACCAGAGAAACGUACUUUGGCCACCAAAGUUCUCAAGUCAUUGGAGGAGUUUAAGCCCGAGGAAUUUGGCUUACCUCCUUUCUCUGACUAAAGCUGGGUAGGAUUACUAAAAAAUAUUACCCUAACACUGUUUGAGAUAAUGAUCCGGAAACUUACCCACCAAUAAUCACCAGAAGCAGUUCUCAACAUGUUUUACACUGGCCCUCUGCUCCCUAAAAUGUCCAGAUCUAAGAGAAAUUUUUACAAAUGGGUCUUAAAUUUUACAAUUCUGAUUUUUUUUGGACAGUUUUUUAUCAUUUUUUCUUCAAGGCCUACUAAACUAUGGUCUGCAAUAAGAACUACCAUUUCCAACUCGUUUUAUAAUCAACAUGUAUGCCAUUAGUUUUCCAUGCAGGUACAAGGGUCGUCCAAAAAGUAAGGUUCCCUACCUUGUAUCUACCGAAUGAACAGAGGUAAAUCAAAUCGGUAAAAAUGGUCUUAUCACACAUGCUCUAAGCUUCAAAAUAAGCCAAAGUAUUAAUGAAAACUGUUAAAUACCCCUUUGAUAUGAUGCUCAGCAGCAAAAUCACGAGUCUGAAGUAAUCGACUCUCCGCACAUCCUGACUCCGGAGGUGGGAACGAAGCGACAGGAGGUUGUCUCAGUAAAAUUGAGCUUUCUCGCAAACUCCUCAACCAAUUUUAAAAAACUUGAGCUUGUUUUGAAGCUUAGAAUAUGUGUGAUAAGACCUUUUUUACUGAUUUGAUUUAUCUCUUUUCGUUUAGAUGAUACAAGCGAGGGAACCUUACUUUUUGGAUGACCCUCGUAGAUGCUUUAAUGGGUGAGCCAAGAAUGGUAGCUCCUUAUUGCAAAAUGUAGUCAAAUUGAGACAUUGUUUUACAUUAAUAGCUUUUGUUCCAGUUUACGACAUUUUUUGAGUUUUGCUUUGAAAGUAUGAAAAAUUAAAUCUGGAUUUAGAUCUGAAAUUAGCUAUUCAUGUUAAGAGUAUGUUCUUUAAUUUUAAAUUAAUUGAUCGGUAAUUUUAUGAUUUGUACUGUCAAUUGAGCGGCGUGAGUACUAUUUUCUGCACAUUUUCUCGUAUCUUUGGAUGCCUAAACCUCAAAAUUUAACAAUGUGUUAUUGAGACAAAUAUCUCUUUGAAAUUAUCGUUGGUCUGAUUCUUUGAAAAAGUCAGAGAGAAAAGAAUAAAAAAUAGAAACUGAAAGAAAAUUUGGUCAGUCAUUAAGCAAAACAAGUUCAGUUUAUGUAUAUUGCAAAAAUUCCUAGAAAACCUUAAAAAUGUCUCAUUUUGUAGUAUACAAUGCCUGCAAGUGAGGCAUGCUUAGAAGACAAAGAUUUUUAUGGAGCAUAAUUUUUCUUUCAGGCAUUGCUGAUGGUCUAUCAACAAUUUUUUUGAGAAAUGGUUCAUAAAUCAUAAAUUUUCAAGAGUGAGGAUAAGAGAAUACGUUAUGAAGAGCAGAAAACGGUCGUUUUUUGAAAAAUUUAUGUCCCUCGAGGCAAUUUUUUGCAUAAAUUAUCAUCACCAAAAUCUUUUGUUUUGCAUUAGCUGUUCUUAGCCAAGAAUUAAAAAUGUUUGUCCUUUUUAUUCGCCCAUUGUUGAGUUGCCAAGCGCUUCUCAUUUUUUGUAAAUUUUAAUCAAGUAGAUGAAGUUUGAGCUUAAAAACUUUCUUACGAUUCAAGUCCCUUUUAUUUAGUCAAUGCAUUUCCUGAGCGUAGUUCUCUCUAAUGUGAAUGUAAUCUUUGUAUUAUUGAUAGGCAAACAAAUAUUUAGUACAAAUUUUACUGAGUGCUAUUUAAAAGUCAGGAGUUAGUAGAUAGUAAUGUAAUGGGAAGGGUCAGGAGCUUUUGUCAAGAAAAAAUGAGUACUAAAAUUGGUUACAUUUAUUUUCUGCUAAUUUUUUAACUAUGCCCAGGAAAAGGAUAGAAAGUGAUUAUUUUUUCUCCUUCUUAGAUAAUAUUUCACCAUGGUACUUUGUUUCCAACUUUUGCAACUGACCCAAUCCAGGUGCAACUCCUAUCCAAUCAACUGCAUAACAAUCCAGGCUAUAAAAAUAAUCACAGAUUUUACCCUGUAGCUAGGGUAGUUCAAACGAAUUCUUGCCGGUAAGCUAUCAGUAUCUUAUCAAAGUUCUGAGAGCUCGCACUCAAUGCAUUUUUGCCCCAUGUGUCGGUUCGUCAGAUUGCCUGGCGCGUAAAUAGACGUACAUAUGGCAACAGCUUAAUUUCGCCAGCUCCGAAAACUUAGAGCGCUAUCGGCAAGAGCCCUCUUAUUGUGACUUUUUCUUAAUGGAAUUAUUUCGGUAGCUUACCGACAACCUAUAAAACAACCCUUUCUGUAGUUUCUCAACAAAACCACCUUCAGUCCCUAAAAUGGUGUAUUUUAAGAGAUAUCACUCUAUUUUUAUUCUUACUUAAAUUCCUUGUUUCGUGUAAUUUUGUUCUCAAAGAAAUGUUAAUACCUUCUUCGAAGGUAGAAUGUUCAAGAAUCCUUGUCCUUUCCAAAAAAAAGAGAAAACUUUCGCCUAUGACACCCAAUGCCAGCAAAGUAAAUCUUGAAAAUACAUCGAGAAUUGUUUUGAAGGAAGAUAUCUAACGGUAUCUAUAAAUUACCUUUUAAAAUUGUAUGAGUGUAUUGUUUUUCUUGUAUGAGUGCGUCAAUUCGUGUCAUGUUUUCAAAGUUGUCGUAUUCUAUCAUUUACGAUCAAAGAAAGCUCACACACUGUUUUUGGCUGUGUGGAACGCUCAAUACAAUAGGAAUGAAAGUCUCAUCAGUUGGCCUCAUCAUGCUGGCGCCAAAUUCUCACCAAAACCUCUGCUCCCAGAGGUCUUCAAUGGCUACCUAGGACUAGGAGAUCGAUACUUUCCCCUUACUUGAAGUAAAUUAAUGGUUGCCCUUCUUAACUUUUCCUCUCCUUUUUCCAUGAUUUUUAGUCAAACAAAAAAAGUGAAAAAAAGUCUUUAAAGACAGUAUAUUUCUUUUUGUUCCUACUUUUCAGAUGUUCGCCUCAAAUAGUUUAUCUCACAGUAAAGAGACAACUUUUUUUUAUGCAUUUUCUGUAUUACAUCUCUGUAAGUACUAAAGCUUUUUUAAACUAGAAGUAAGUCCAUGUAACAGUAUUUUCUAGUUUUAAAAAAUGUGAAAAUAAUAAAAAUUCUAAUCCUCAGAUAUUCAAUGUACCAAGUUGUUAGAGAGACUUGAGUCUCAGUCUAAGACAUAUUUUAUUUUAUUUUAAUUUUAAUUUAAAAAAUCUAAUUUUUUGAGUUAUCAUGAUCUCUCAUUUUAUUUAACAUCUAAAGUUAGAUGUUCUUCUUUGAUUCCUAACAAAUUGAAACCAAAUUUAAGUACAGACAUUAGUUUAUUUUAACUGUGCCGCAUUGUUCUUUUCGUUCCUUUACCAAACCAUUUUCUUGAAUGAGAGGUCGGAAUUAUUUCUUUUCCUCAACUAUCCUAUUUUUGUAUACUUAUUUCAUUAAGUUAAGGUAAUGUACCUUUUUACAUUUUAUGAUGUACCCUUGCAUCCGUUGUUUCAUGAGCUGAAAUUGUGGUCAAAGAAAUUCCCGAGUAAUCUCUUUUAAGUUUAAUGAAAUAUUUCGCCAGUAAUUCAAGUAAUGUUGAGCCUUCAUCUCUCUUUUUUAUCGUUUUAAUUUAAGAUGCAGAUAAAUUCGUAUUUUUCAGAUUUUUACAAGGAUAUAAAUUGCAUCUUUAUGUAUGAUCAAUACCUUAAUGAACUAGUGUUAAAGUUGUCUUACUUUUUAUUUUUGAUUUUGAGUUUUGAGUCUCUAGUCAAGCAAAAUUUAUUAAACUGAAGUCAGCAAUUCUUAGUGUACCUAUCUAAACUUCUAAAGUAAAGUUGUUUAGAUGUAAAUCAAUUAAGAGAACAUUUCUUUUUUAACUUCACGUGCUAACAAACCGCUCUUUAAUACAGAUCAAGGCAGAACAUUAACUCACAUUUUCUAAUAGUUUUCCCACAAGUAAGUUCUCAACUUAAGACCUAUAGGAACACAAGAACAAAAUUCAAUAAAGGUAAAAGAAAUGUUGCCCGAUUAAAAUUGCUAGUUAUUUGUCGUAUCUUCACUGUUUUUGCUUUAAUCAAGCUUUAUAGAACUUUUUUCAAAUUUGCAAACGUUUGUCUGCCGUGCUGAGGAAGAACGCCGUAUGAGUUUUCAGAUGUUGCCAAAUUUAUUUUCUUUAAUUACGAUUUUCCAGGAAACUUCCAAAAAUUUUCGUUCAUUUUUGCGCAGAAAUUUAAUAGCAAUUAAAUUAUGUAAAUUAUUCGACAAAAUUCAAAGAAAAAUAUUUGUACAUUUCAUAAAAAAUAAAUAUUUUACCGUGUGCGGGGGAGGGGGGAGGCAAUAUUCAAAUGAUCAUACAGCAUUUUCCCUUAGCAUGGAAAUGAUUUAGCUUAACUUGAAUGGCUUUGAUCGGUUUUUUAAAGAUCAAGGAUGCAACCACCAAACUUGUCUAAAAAGCGUUUUAAGUAUCAUGUGAGCUUCACUGUGAGAUACUUCGCCUGUUGCCCCAAGUUGGGGAAAAAAAAAUUGAGCGUUAUUUAAUUUUAUUAAUUUUGAUUGUUUUCCUAAUUUUUGUAGCAGUUGCAUAAUUCAAAACGAUAUUCAUUCAAAUAAUCUUGCUUGUUUUCAAGGCACUGCAUUUAAGUAGCGCAAGUUCACUUUGCAAGUUGGCGACCGUAGGUGAUACAACAAUCUAUCAAAGUAAAUCAAACCGAGUCUCUUGGUUGGAUCAUCGCGCCAGCAUAAGUUACCAAAUGACAGGGCGGACCUGCGCGUCUUAAGUGCCGUACUUCAAAUUUAUAAAUCACUUCAUUUCUAGUCUUAAAAUUUUUCUAAUUGAAAGGAAAAAUUCGCACAAUAGCAUUUAUUUUCAGCAAACUCUGUAUUCCCUGCACUGAUGUUUAUAAAAGUUCCAACAAUGCGGAAUGAAUCUUCUGUUUCCUCUCGUCUUUUCCUGCCUCCAUUUAUCUCUUUCAUGAAAGUGUGAAUCAAACUACUUGCUCCAGAAAAUGAACCUUAUCUCUGGUAAAUAAUAAUUCAGUGAGGCAUAUGUGUGUUAAUUAUCAAUAGAAUAAAUUCUGUCAAAUGGACCAGCGUAAAUUAUAGCCAAUACUUUUAGACUAUGUAGUGCAUAAAGCAUCUGCAGAAUCAAAUUGAGUGUCACUCUCUUCACGAGAGCUAAAAAAACUGGGUCGGCUUAAAAAGUCCCUAUGAAACAUUGUACCAGAACUUAACAGCUGAUUCUUUCACAGAAGUAGAUCUGGUAGCUCUGCUUAUUUACAUACUCUUUGUGCCAUUAACCACUGUAAAAUGUUAAUAUCCUCAAAUGAGUUUCUGGCUCUCCUGAAAAUAAUUCCUUUGGAUGAAGCUUCUUUUUCUAGGGUGCGAUUAUAAUGUAUAGCAGCUAAUAUGUAUAGAUAGGUUUGUAAUGAGCUAUGAAAGACACUUGAAUUCCAUUGUAUGAUAAUUUUACUUGUCCUCUUUCUUUAGUUCUGCUUAACAUCUCCAAAACUGCUCGAUUUUAUGGAAAAUUGCUUUCACUGUAGUGCUUGUAUUUAUUCAAUGCUGCAAGACCCCUCUCUGAAGUUUCUUCCUCCACCCCCCCCCCCUUUCUUUUUUUCAUUUUAAGUAUUUUUGAAACAUUUCCUGUCUCUUUUUUUGUUUCUUUUGUUAAUAUGUGGGCAAUGUUAGAUAUCAAUAAGUGGAUUGUUUAAAUCCCCAUGAAGUUAAAUGAUGUAAUGAAAGAAUGAGGAAGAAGAAAAUCUUCGGCUCAAGAUUAAAUUUUCAGCAAGUUCUGUUAAGUCUCAUUUUGACGUCGCCUUAGAUAAGCAAAUCGUCUGGCAUCCAACACCAAGUUUUUUUGGUACUUUCUCCUCUGUCUUGGACACAUUUUUCAUCAAUUGUUUUGUUGAACAGGAUUUUUUUUCAUUCUGUUUGGCAUAAUUGUUAUUUUUAGUCACUAUUAUGAAUGGAAAUAAAUAAUUAUCCGUGUUUAA